AGAGAGAGAGAGAGAGAGAGAGAAAUAUUCCACCCACCCAACAAGGAGACAUACUCAUAAACAGCAAGCAGACCGAGUGAGAGUCAGAAGGACAGAGGAUCUCAGGGCAGCAGCAGUUCAAACAGCGAGGCAGACAGAAACAGAGUUUCAUUGAGAGAAGAUGGUUUAUUAAAGGAGAAGGAAAAGUUUAACAGACACACUCUCGCACACUAAUAAACACAGAGCGUGCCACCCAGACAGAGACGCAGCUAAUUCCAAGAAAUACCAGCAUUAGUAAGAGAGGAAUAGGGACACAUAUACUGUUCUUUCUCCCUACCAUCACACACACUCACACACACACACUGGUGCUGAGUGUGUGUGCUGCCCAGCGUCAGAAGCAGGGUUGUUCAAUCCCAGCAAGUGGAACUUCUGGGAGGAAGGAGCGAGCGAGUGGAUGGAUGCCUUCUGCAGACUCAGUGGUCUGGACCCUCUGUGGGACUGGAAUCGAACAUGGUACACGGCCAACCCGGACCUGACUCAGUGUUUCCAGAACACGGUGCUGGUGUGGGUUCCCUGUAUCUACCUGUGGUUUCUGGCUCCUUUCUACUGCCUCCACCUCUACUGCCAUGACCGUGGACGGAUUCAGAUGUCCUGCCUCUGCUCCUCUAAGAUGGUGUUGGGCUUCCUGCUGGCCUCCUUCGGCUUCGUGGAGUUCUUCUAUAUUCUGCUGGAGAGGAGCGAGGAGAUCCACCAGCACAUGGUCUUCCUACUGAGCCCCAUCAUACGCAGCAUCACUGUGAUUCUGGCCUUAUGCAUCAUCCAGUUGGAAAGAAUACGAGGCUGCCGCUCCUCAGUGUUCCUCUUCCUGUUCUGGGUCUUGGCUGUCGUCUGCUCCCUGGUGCCUCUCCGAGCGAAGAUCCAGCUGGCCAUGGACGAGGGCAUUGCCUCAGACAUUGUACGAUACCUCGCCUUCUUCUCCUACUUCACAAUCCAGCUGGCCCAGCUCUUCCUGUGCUGUUUUGCUGACCAGCCUCCAGUGGGAAAAACCGUCUUGGAAAAGAAUCCCUGUCCCGUGAAAGAUGCUUCUUUCCUGUCAAAGAUCCUCUUCUGGUGGUUCACUGGGCUUGUUGUGAAGGGCUAUCGUAACCCACUGGCAGCAGAAGACCUGUGGACCCUGAGGCAGGAAGACACGUCACACAAGAUCAUGUCUGAGCUCGAUCAGGACUGGGCAGCGGAAUGUGCCAAACUUCAGAAGCAGGAGAAGGCUUUGGCGUCGGGUGCGGCGCUGGGGGGCAGACUGCCAGACCAGGCCCAGCUCCUCAGGAAGCUGCAGAAGGAGCAGAGCUCCGGCUUCUUCCUGCUCAGGACGCUGGCCCGCAAGUUUGGUCCAUACUUCCUGACCGGUACCCUGUGCAUCAUAUGCCACGAUGCCUUCAUGUUCGCCAUCCCACAGGUGCUCAGUCUUCUUCUGGGUUUCAUGAGAGACGAAGACGCCCCGCUGUGGAAAGGCUACUUCUAUGCCACCCUGAUGUUCCUGCUCUCCUGCCUCCAGUCGCUCUUCAACCAUCAGUACAUGUACGCCUGCUUCACCGUGGGGAUGAGGGUGAAGACGGCUGUUAUGGGCUUGGUUUACAGGAAGUCUCUGGUGAUAAACAGCGCUUCCAGGAGGACGUGCACCGUGGGCGAGAUUGUGAAUCUGGUUUCUGCAGACACUCAGAAGCUCAUGGACUUUGUGGUGUACUUCAAUGCUGUCUGGCUGGCUCCUAUUGAGAUUGCUCUUUGUCUCUUCUUCCUCUGGCAGCAUCUGGGCCCGUCGGCUUUGGCAGGAAUUGCCACUGUCAUCCUCAUUUUUCCACUCAACGGAUUCAUUGCAAAGAAAAGGAGCAAGCUGCAGGAGAUCCAGAUGAAGUUCAUGGACGGCCGCAUCAGACUGAUGAACGAGAUCCUGAAUGGAAUAAAGAUCUUGAAGUUUUACGCCUGGGAGAAGGCCUUCCUGGAGCAGGUGUUGGGCUACAGAGAGAAGGAGCUGGAGGCUCUGAAAAAGUCUCAGAUCCUUUAUUCUGUCUCCAUUGCUUCCUUCAACUCCUCCUCUUUCCUGAUUGCCUUCUCAAUGUUUGGAGUCUACGUGACGCUGGACGAAAGAAACGUCCUCGACGCACAGAAGGUCUUUGUCUCCAUGGCGCUGAUCAACAUCCUGAAGACGCCGCUCAGUCAGCUGCCAUUUGCAAUAAGCACAACCAUGCAGGCUGUGGUUUCACUCAGACGUCUGGGGAAGUACCUGUGCUCAGAAGAACUGAAAGUGGACAAUGUCUCAAAGGAUCCAUUGAGUUGUGAUGGGGAAGACGUGGUGAUCGACAACGGCACCUUCAGCUGGUCUGCAGAGGGCCCUCCGUGUCUGAAAAGGAUCAACAUCCGCGUGCCACGAGGUUCCCUCGUUGCUGUAGUGGGACAUGUGGGCAGUGGAAAGUCGUCUCUGUUGUCCGCCAUGCUCGGAGAAACAGAGAAAAGAAACGGUCAAGUCGUUGUCAAGGGCUCCUUGGCUUAUGUGCCACAGCAGGCGUGGAUCCAGAACGCCACGGUCCACGACAACAUCCUUUUUGGCCGUGAAAAGCUGAAAACAUGGUACCACCGUGUGCUGGAAGCCUGUGCUCUGCUGCCAGAUCUGGACAUUCUUCCAGCUGGAGAUUUAACAGAAAUCGGAGAGAAGGGACUGAACCUCUCGGGCGGGCAGAAGCAGAGGGUGAGCCUGGCCAGGGCUGUCUACAGGAAGGCGGAUGUGUACCUGCUGGAUGAUCCGCUGUCUGCCGUUGAUGCGCACGUGGGUCAGCACAUCUUCGACAAAGUCAUUGGACCCAAAGGAGUGCUCAGAGACAAGACCCGCAUCCUGGUGACCCAUGGGAUGAGCUUCCUGCCGCAGGCCGACCACCUUCUCGUCAUGGUAGAUGGAGAAAUCACAGAGAGCGGCUCCUACCAGGAGCUCCUGAGCCGACACGGUGCAUUUGCUGACUUCAUCCACACCUUUGCAAACAACACAGAGCGAAAAGAGAGCGCCAUACAGAGAGCCGGGUCCAGGAGGUCCAACGCUCGCCUCAGCAUGGUCGACUUCAUGCCGUUCUCCAGAGACCUGUCCCAGGAGCAGCUCAUCGGGGGUGACACCACUAAUACCAACCUGCAGAAUAUGGAGCCCGUGUCUGAAACGGACCAGGAACAGAUACCAGAGGACUUGGGCAAGUUGACCGUGGCUGACAAGGCCCACACUGGAAGGGUGAGGUUGGACAUGUACAAGAAGUACUUCAAGACAAUCAGCUUGGCCAUCAUCAUUCCCAUCGUCUUCCUGUACGCCUUCCAGCAGGGCGCCUCACUGGCGUACAGCUACUGGCUCAGCAUGUGGGCCGAUGACCCCAUUGUUAACGGCACCCAGAUCGAUACAGACCUGAAGCUGACUGUGUUUGGGGCUCUGGGCUUCGUACAAGGCAUCUCUAUCUUUGGCACAACCGUUGCCAUCUCGAUCUGCGGCAUCAUCGCCUCUCGCCACCUGCACAUGGACCUGCUGAUCAACGUGCUGCGCUCCCCCAUGUCCUUCUUUGAGUGCACGCCCAGCGGCAACCUGCUCAACCGCUUUGCCAAAGAGAUCGACGCCAUUGACUGCAUGGUGCCCGACGGCUUGAAGAUGAUGCUGAGCUACGUCUUCAAGCUCAUGGAGGUCUGCAUCAUUGUGCUGAUCGCCAUGCCCUUCGCAGCUGUGAUCAUCCUCCCGCUCGCCUUCCUCUACACCUUCGUCCAGAGCUUCUACGUCGCCACAUCCUGUCAGCUGCGCCGGCUGGAAGCUGUGAGCCGCUCGCCAAUUUACACCCACUUCAAUGAGACGGUGCAGGGCGCCGGCGUCAUCCGGGCCUUCGGGGAGCAGUCCAGGUUCAUUCUACAGGCCAACCAGAGGGUCGACUUCAAUCAGACCUCCUACUUCCCCCGAUUCGUGGCCACCCGGUGGCUGGCAGUCAACCUGGAGUUUGUGGGUAAUGGCGUGGUCUUAGCUGCCGCCAUUCUCUCUGUGAUGGGAAAAGGCACACUGAGCCCGGGCAUGGUUGGUUUGGCUGUGUCACACUCCCUCCAGGUGACUGGACUCCUGAGCUGGAUUGUGAGAUCCUGGACCGAUGUGGAAAACAACAUUGUUUCUGUGGAGAGAGUCAGCGAGUACGCAGACACUGCUAAAGAGGCCAGUUGGAGUAUAGAGGGCAGCUCCUUGCCCCAGGCCUGGCCCCAGAACGGCACCAUAGAGUUCCAGGACUACGGACUGCAGUACCGUAAAGGCCUUGAGUUGGCUCUGAAAGGCAUUACCUUGCAUAUUCAUGAAAGAGAGAAGGUUGGAAUUGUGGGUCGAACGGGUGCAGGGAAGUCCUCACUUGCCCUGGGAAUCUUCAGGAUCUUAGAGGCGGCGAAGGGAAAGAUCUUCAUUGAUGGCGUCAACAUCGAAGAAAUCGGACUCCACGACCUCAGAUCCCGCAUUACUAUCAUUCCUCAGGACCCCGUGCUGUUCUCAGGCUCCCUCCGGAUGAACCUUGACCCCUUUGACACCUACACUGAUGAAGAGAUAUGGAGUUCAUUGGAGCUGGCUCACCUCAAAAACUUUAUCUCCAAUCUGCCUGACAAACUCAACCACGAAUGCUCCGAGGGAGGAGAAAACCUCAGUCUGGGUCAGCGCCAGCUCGUGUGCCUGGCAAGAGCCUUGCUGAGGAAAACCAAGAUCCUGGUGUUGGACGAGGCGACAGCUGCUGUGGACCUGGAGACAGACACACUCAUCCAGUCCACAAUCCGCACACAGUUUGAAGACUGCACCGUCCUGACCAUCGCUCACCGCCUGAACACCAUCAUGGACUACACAAGAGUGAUCGUAAUGGACAGAGGCCACAUUUCCGAGAUGGACACUCCAGCCAACCUCAUUGCACAGCGGGGGCAGUUCUAUCGAAUGUGCCGGGAGGCCGGGCUGGUCUAGGUCUCUGCUGGAGCCCCGGUCCUUGGAGCUGGUGAUGUGGCGUGCAGAUGUGGCACCUUACUCCUGUGGCUCUCCAACACGUGUUAAAUCGGGCCAUUCCCAGAUUUAUGGCAGCUCAGAACGCCUCUCCACGAGGGCAUUGUCUACGAAUCCCAAGAGCAGCUGCUGACGCAGUCCCUACAGAAUUUGUUUGUUUUUUGUAACACACACACUCAGACAUGCUGUUGUUAGUCAGGAAAAGACAUUUGUUAACCUCAGAUGAUGAACAUUCAGAAGAAGGCUACAGUCGAUUGUUGAGAGUCGCCAAGCUAUACAUAUUGUACAUAGAGUAGUGGAGUCAGUUUAUUCCAUGAAAUGUUUAAGGCAAAGGCUGGAUCGAAAGAGUACCACAAAUCUUAAGGAUUUUCAGGCUAUAUUAUUUUUAUAGUUUUUGUAAGUUUUUAUAAAGCACAUGGCAUAUUUUUUAUGUUCUCUCAGGCUUAAAUGUUGAUGUUUACUCAUACUUUUUUAGCCUUGUAUACCAAGAAAGAGGCAAUUUUGUUAUUGUUAUUAGAUGGAAACCUAUACUGCCAUCUUGUCCCAGAAGCUGGGAGAGGAAAACACUCUGACACACUAACCUUCUAAAGGUUCAGCCUGGCGAAUGCAAGGGAAAUGAGUUUUCGCAGCGUUCGGGAUCCGAGCUCGAAGCAGCCAAUUGGGAGUUUUUAUAUGUCAGAGAAAAAGAGGACAACACUGAAUUGAGCCAAAGCAUUAGCAACAGUCCAACUAUGUUGUGGCUGUUGCUUAUUUCUGUCAAAGUAAACAUAUAAAAAAGUCAAUAGAGACCGUGCUGGUCAGACUUAACCUGACGCCGGUAGUGAAAAACCACCAUGAAUGAAGAGAAUGCCUCUUCAAAACAAUGGUGAUAAAUCUUUGUGUGAUUAUCUCUCUGCCUCCACCGCACAAAUUCAGGCCGUACGCACAUACACAUGUGCACAGAGUAUAAAAAAACAUCAGUAUGGUUUUAUUGGUGCUGACAUGAUAGACUGUAUAUAGUCCACGUUGAUCUUUAGUCUCGAUUCGAGGAAAGAACCCUAUGAACUUUUCAAAGAGAAGAGGCAUUUGCUGUUUUUGUCUUACUGGUUUAGACAAUAUAUACUAAGAGAAAGCCUAUAGUUUAUUUAUGUCAAACGACAAAAUGUAGUUCCUUAAAAUUCUGAGGAUUGUUUUAUAUUUAUACUUUUUAUAGCAAGCUUGUUCAUUUUUCAUUGACUAUUUUACUGUAAAUGUACUGUUUCAUACAUCAUGCUGGAUAAAUAAAAUGUAUUUGAAUUCA